AUGUUUGAUGCUGAGAAAUCUGAUUUUGCCAUAUCUCAGAACCACCAACAAUGUGUGUACGAGGAUAUUGUCUCCCUCCCUUGUGAACUGCACGAUGAUGAGACGAGAGGGGUGACUGAUAUUGAGCCCAAGAGCCGACAAAACUACGCGUUCUCAACAGAAUAUUUUGAGGUCCCCAUGAAACAUGGGUACGAGAUGGAAUCUGCUGAUGAUCAGACCUCAUCAACUGAAGAAACUAUUAGAGUGGCUGCAGAGAGGUUCAUCCACUCCAUCAAGCAUCCGUAUCCUAGCCACUCCUUAGCCCAUUGUGGCCAAAACUCUCAAGGGGUUCGCCUAAUCCAGAGUCUGCUCUCAUGUGCAGAGAAAGUGGCCGAUAACCAGUAUGAACGCGCACUCAAGUUCUUGAAGGAGUGUGACGUAGAGAGUUUCUCCACCGGCACUCCUAUACAGAGGUUGGCUUUCUACUUCUCAAGAGCACUCUUUGAGAAGAUUGCUAAUGAAACCGGGAGAAUCAUAGUGAAAAAUGUUGAGGACAUUAAUCUUCCAAAUCCUGUGGAAUCUGUGAUGUUUCCGAACAUCAAUCUGUUUCUUUCGUUUCAGAAAGAGCACCCUCUUGCUCAGGUGACCAAACUGGUGGGAGUUCAAGCCAUUUUGGAUCACGUGGAAAGGAAUGGAACGAUACAAAUAAUCGACCUCGAGAUCAGAAGUGGAGUGCAGUGGAUCAUCCUGAUGCAGGAUCUUGCAUCCCGAACAGAGCACCCUGUUCAGAGCCUCAGGAUCACAGCUGUGGGGACCAAAUGGAGGUCGAUCAUCCAAGAGACGGGCAGGCAGCUCGCGGGCUUUGCUCGUUCUCUCAACUUGGAAUUCACAUUCGAGACACUGAUGGUGGCUGAUUUCUCGGACCUCAACCACGCCCUGUUUCAUGCUCAUGCUGAUGAACCUGUUGUUGUGUACGCGCCCUAUGUUCUUGCGAAUCACGUUGGGAGGGUGGAGCAGCUGGAUCAUCUGAUGACAGUGAUGAGGACUCUCAAUCCAUGUGUAAUGAUCCUUACUGAACUUGAGGCCAACUGCAAUUCUCCCACUUUUGUAGAGCGCUUUGUGGAGAGCCUCUUCUUCUUCGGGGUGUUCUUCGACUCGUUGGAGUGCUGUUUCAAGCACGACGAGGCCAGAAGAGUGGAGGUGGAGUCGUGCUGGUUCGGAUCAUCCAUCAAGAACAUCCUGGCGGCCGAUGGAGAAGAGAGGAAGUUUAGGCAUGUGAGCAUUAAGGUGUGGAGGGCGUUUUUCGCGCGCUAUGGAUUGGAGGAGGUGGAGCUGAGCUCGUCGUCUGUGGAUCAGGCGUGUAUCGGGCUGCAGAGCUUGGCGUGUGGGAGGUUCUGCACCUUGUAUAGGGAUGGUAAGUGCUUGACUAUUGGUUGGAAGGGGACUCCUCUCAGUUCUGUCUCUGCAUGGACAUUUUGA